AUGGACUGUGUCGCGCAGACGUGGCUUCUCGGCACCAUCUCCGACAACCUCACCGAAACCGUCUCCGAGCGCCGCUCCACCGCCCGCACCAUCUGGCUCGCCAUCGAGUCCCAAUUCCUCAGAAAUCAGGCGACGCGCACCCUCUUCGCCAAUGCGGACUUCCGCAAUUUCUGUCAAGGCGAUCUUCCUGUCGCCGAUUGCUGCUGGCUCUACAAGCGGAAGGCGGAGGACCUCCGCAACCUCGGCAAACCAAUCUCCGACCGAACCCUCGUCCUCAACAUCAUUUGCGACCUCAACGAACGGUUCGCCGCCAUCGGUCUUCAUCUCCGCCAUACCACUCCUCUGCCUAGCUUCCUGCAGGUCCGUGACGACCUUUGUAUCAUGGAGCUGACCAUGGCCAAGACAGCCCCUGCCGCCGCCCUCUACUCCGGCUCUAGCGGCGGCAAGGGCUCCUCCGACGGGCCCUGCCAGCCCGCUGCUCCUCCGAAGCCACCCCACCAGCUGCAGUAG